CAAAGAUGAUUACGCUACUGUUUCGUUAAAUCCAUUUCCUACUUCAUGUUGUCGCGUGCCAAACUGUUGGCAAGACACCGAUAUUAACAAUCACAUCGCGCUUGCAAAUGCAACAGUUUCGCUGAUGCAUCCGAAUGGUUGUUAUUCGGUUAUUAACAAGUAUGUCACGAUUGAACUGUGGAUUCUUGUUGGUGUCGCUGGUGUUUGUGCUCUGUUACAAAUCUUGGCCUUGACAUUCCUGUGUACAUUAUAUCAACGUUACAAAAAGCUGGAUGAUGAUCCGAAAUUUAUUGUGAAUCAUUUAACAGCUGGAAUACCGAUCAACAGUGAUACUCCGAAAGAUAUUCAAAGUUCAUCUCAAACCAUCGAAGAAACAGUGGAAAUCACUCAAAUUUAG